UGCAAAUUUGCAACUAGCUAUAGCCUGCGGGGUUUUGUGCACCAUGGGCAUGGCUGAGAAGGGGUCGGCAGGAAGGAAGGCCGGGCUGAUCACCAAGACGCUGGACCGGUGCCGGAGCACGACGGCGAGGAACAACAAGCCGGCGGAGGGCUGUUUCUCGGUGUACGUCGGUGCGGGCAGGCAGCGGUUCGUGGUGCGGACGGAGUGCUUGAACCACCCGCUGUUCCGGGCACUGCUUGAGGAGGCCGAGGAGGCGUUUGGGUAUGCUGACGCGGGGCCCCUCGAGCUGCCCUGCAACACCGAGGCAUUUACCAAGGUGCUGGAGAAGAUCGAGGAGGAGAAGCAGAUGGCGGCGGGGAGGAGGCAUGGCCUUGCCAGGGGGAACUCCUACCGGCUGCUCAGCACCGGGCGGCCUGUCAUCAUUGGCCGGUCGUAGCAUAUCCAUCUGUAUUGGAUAGGAUGAUGGCGAGUUGAUGAGCUCUGAGUUUCUGUUGAGCUCAUGUUUUCAGACUAUCAUGUACAUAUUUGGAAGCAACUUUAGCAAUUCCAAGUAUGGUAAACAACAUCACGGUAUACUAGGCAAUAUUAGAUAUUUUUCUUUCUUAUACUCUUUUUUCUACUUUUGUGAGAAGGCACUGUUAGAUGUUAGUGUGUGUUCUCAUCCUAAGUUGUAGUAACUGCCGGUGAAAGUGUUAUACAGAUAGUCAGAUACACAAUGGAAUUUGUAAGUUUUGUUAUGA